AAGCUGCCUUCUGUGCUGGAGGAGAGGGAGAAGUGGAUAAUGAAAGACUGAGAGAGAGAAAUAUAGAACCAAAUCCAUGUGACGUUCUACAGUUAUCUGAGGAACAGCCUCUCCUUUGAGGGUAUGCCACUUCCCUUGACACACACACACACACUACAUGCUCCCCCUCCAACUAGGUAGAGGGAGACAGAAACCAAGAGAGAAAAGGAGUCCGAGAGAGGGAGAGUUGUGAGUGUUCCACCACAUGGCUGUGUGUGUUAAGAGUAAGCGCUAGCCAGUGUCUUGAGUGCCAGUAGUGAGUGUCUCCGGGACAGCAGAGCAGUGUGUUAGCCGGUGGCGGACAGCAUGGCCCUGUUCAGCACCGGGCCCCAGAGCCUGGGCUCCUACUACUGCCUCAUCCGCCGGAAGUUCAAGAGGAGGCGCAAGAAACGCUGCGAGCGUAAAGGUGGAGCCGGAGCUCGGCAGCCCCGGCAGAAGCUCUUCACCAUGGACGUGGAUGAAGAGGAGAACAUGAGUUCGAGCAGCACCGACGUAAAGGAAAACCGUAACCUGGACAACGUCUCCUCCAAAGAGGGGGAGGCUGUAGCUGAGCAGCUCCCCAACGGCAGUGGCGGGGGCAGCAGGAAGCGCCCCUUAGAGGAGGGAAACAAUGGCCACACGCACUCCAAGUUCCGGGCCAAGAAGCGUAAGAAAACGCCAGGCCCGGUUCUACCCAAGAAUGCCCUUAUGCAGCUGAAUGAAAUUAAGCCGGGGCUGCUGUAUAAGCUGCUAUCUCAAACGGGUCCGGUCCACGCUCCCGUGUUUGUCAUGACCGUCGAGGUCAAUGGGCAGCUGUUCGAGGGCUCAGGUCCCACCAAGAAGAAGGCCAAGCUGAAUGCAGCAGAGAAGGCACUGCGCUCCUUUGUCCAGUUCCCCAACGCCUCCGAAGCGCACCUGGCUAUGGGCCGGACACUGACAGUCAAUACAGACUUCACAUCCGACCAGGCCGACUUCCCAGACAUGCUCUUCAACGGGUUUGAGACGCCCGCACCGCCCGAGGACUCCUUUUACCUGGGCUCCAAUGGCAGCGGCUGCUUAAACUCGCUGGGAGAGUACUCCAUGCCUUCCACCCCAGGUGCUAACUUAGCACAGGCCCUGUUUCCCCCUCCCUCAUCCUUCACCUCGCCCUCGAGCGGCAAGAACCCUGUCAUGAUCCUCAAUGAGCUAAGGCCGGGCCUCAAGUAUGACUUUUUGUCCGAGAGCGGCGAGAGCCAUGCAAAGAACUUUGUCAUGCAGGUAUCGGUGGACUCACAGCAGUUCGAGGGCUCUGGCCGAAACAAGAAGCUGGCCAAGGCCCGUGCCGCCCAGGCAGCCCUCUCAGCCCUCUUCAACAUGCAGCUGGACCAGACGCCCUCCCGACAGCCCAUCCCCAGAGAGGGACUGCAGCUCCACCUACCCCAGGUCCUCGCCGACGCGGUCUCUCGCCUGGUUGUGGACAAGUUCAGCGAGCUGACGGACAACUUCACCUCCCCCCACGCGCGGCGGAAAGUCCUGGCAGGCGUCGUCAUGACAACAGGCACGGACGUGAAAGAGGCCCAGGUGAUCUGUGUCUCCACGGGCACCAAGUGCAUCAACGGCGAGUACAUGAGUGACCGCGGCUUGGCGCUCAACGACUGCCAUGCAGAGAUUAUCGCCCGCCGCUCGCUCAUCCGGUACCUCUACGCCCAGCUGGAGCACUUCCUAAGCAACAAGGAGGAGCAGCAGAAGUCCAUAUUCACGCGCUGUGACAAGCGUGGCUACCGGCUAAGGGACAACGUUCUGUUCCACCUCUACAUCAGCACCUCGCCCUGUGGAGACGCACGCAUCUUCUCACCGCAUGAGGCCGGCAUGGAAGACCAAGGAGACCGACACCCUAACCGGAAGGCGCGGGGCCAGCUGAGGACUAAAAUAGAGUCUGGGGAGGGGACCAUUCCCGUGAGGACCAGCAACACCAUCCAGACAUGGGACGGGGUGCUGCAGGGAGAAAGGCUGCUGACCAUGUCCUGCAGUGACAAGAUCGCAAGGUGGAACGUGGUGGGCAUCCAGGGCUCUCUGAUGAGCUACUUCACGGAGCCCAUCUACUUCUCCAGCAUCAUCUUGGGCAGCCUGUACCACGCCGACCACCUCUCCCGGGCUAUGUACCAGCGCAUAGCCGACAUCGAGGACCUGCCCCAACAGUUCAGCCUCAACAGGCCUCUACUGAGCGGCAUCAGCAACGCGGAGGCGAGGCAGCCGGGCAAGGCACCCAAUUUCAGCGUGAACUGGGCGGUGGGCGACCUGGCGCUGGAGGUCAUCAAUGCUACCACGGGGAAAGACGACAUGGGGCGCGCCUCGCGCCUCUGCAAGCACGCCCUCUACAGCCGCUGGGUUCGCCUGCAUUCCAAGCUGUCAUCCACACUGAGGAUCAAGGUGUCCAAGCCCAGCUCGUACCACGACGCCAAGCAGGCGGCGGUGGAGUACCACAACGCCAAGCAGACUCUCAUCAAGGUCUUCCACAAGUCGGGCCUGGGGGCCUGGGUGAAGAAGCCCAUCGAGCAGGACCAGUUCUCCCUCAACUCCUGAUUAGGGGGUUAGGGGAACCUCAUAACCCAACCCACUGCACCCCAACGCCCUCUCUAGGCCUGAGAAAGAGGCUCUUCAAAAUUACCAGCCACUGAGACUUUGUCUGCGUGCGUGUGUGUGUGUGUCUGCGUGCGUGUGUACCUCGUGCAUGCGUGUGUGUGUGUGUGUAUGUCUGUCUUGAGUGUUUGUGAGAAAUAACGCAUGUGGUUCUGGCCACCUCCCUCCAUCCCAAUCACUCUGCUCUCGUUCCUCAUGGCUGUGAUGUCAUCACUCUGUUCUUUUUUUUUUUUUUUUUCGAUGGUACUCGAUGUUCAAUCUGCCCUUCUAAUCACGAAGUCUUGCCAUUUUUAACUGGAAUCGUUUUUAGUCAUUGUUGUUUUAUUUGCAAGACUUUACAUGAAGUUGUCCAAACACCA